AUGGAAUGGGUGUCGAUCCGUACCGAUUGGGCAUCCCGGGUCACCUCCACCAUCAACGCCAUCUCCAACUACUUGCUCGUAUUUUUUAAUCUACCCUUCGUAUCCGUUAUCGCGUAUUUGUUAGUGAUAAAGAAGUGGCGAUUCCGGAAGCCGCGAGACAAUUUUAUCCUCGUUGAGCUCCUCAUUUUCUGGCUAUUCGCCGUGGCCACCUGGGCCCUUUGGACGUUUAUGCCACAAAAUGGGUCCCGCAACGCUGCGGCCACCUACGGAUUACGCUACGUGUGCAACGUGUUGCUGUGGAUGUUGUGGAACGUACUCAAACCGGCGGCCGCCCUCAGCCGCUCCGCCUACCGCAAAAUUGAGCGCCUCCUGGCGGCGCGCGGCCGCCAGAAGAUGAUCAGCCCCCAACCCGCCUUACACGUUCGAUAU